UAGAUAGAAGGGGAUUAAAGCCUAUUUAGGGAGAUCUAGAACCUCAAAAAAGACAGGGAGAGUUCAGACCUGACCACACAGUGGACAGACAGACAGAGCAGCAGGGCGAUGUUGGUGAUCAGCGAGUUUUUAGUAGCUCUGCUCAUCUCUCUCUUUGUUGUGCAAUUUCUGAAACUGAAGUGGGCAUGUAGCCGGCUUCCUCCUGGACCGACUCCCCUCCCCCUCAUCGGCACCAUAUGGCAGAUGGAUUUCAAACGCCAGCACGAGAUUCUCAUGAAGUUGGCACAGAUUUACGGGAACAUCUUCACCUUGUGGAUUGGACAUAUUCCUGUCAUCAUACUGAAUGGAUUCACAGCUGUGAAGGGCGGCCUGACUGUCCACUCUGAAGACAUCUCUGGCCGGCCAGCAACCCCUUUUUUUCAGAAAAUGGCCGGAGGAAAGGGUAUUAUUUUCACAAGUGGUCACACCUGGAAGCAGCAGAGACGCUUUGGGCUGAUGACCCUGCGGAACCUGGGACUGGGCAAGAAAGGCCUGGAGCACCGAAUCCAAGAGGAGGCUCGUCAGCUGCUGGAGUACUUUAUGAAUGAGAGAGGAGAUCCCCUGGAUCCUUCUUUCCCCAUCGUCAAUUCAGUCUCAAACGUGAUUGCGGCGGUGGUGUUUGGACAUCGCUUUUCCAUUGAGGACAAAGAUUUCCACCAGCUGAUUGAAAACAAUGAUUACAUGGUCAAACAAGGGAGCAGCAUCAGUGAGCUGCUGUAUGAUGUUUUCCCCUGGCUCAUGGAUCAUCUCCCGGGCACUCACCAGAAGGUAUUCUAUUGCCAUGAGUUUCUCCGGUCUUUUGCAAGGAAGGAGGUCAGAAGCCACCAAGAGCGUGGGUCACCAGACGAACCACAAGAUUUCAUUGAUUUCUACCUGGCUCAGAUAGACAAAAGCAAAGCUGACCCUUAUUCGACCUUUGAUGAAGACAACCUGGUCCAGACUAUUUUCGAACUUUUCUUGGCAGGCACAGAAACCACAACUACCACCAUGCGCUGGGCAGUGCUGAAUAUGGUGGCUUACCCAGACAUCCAAGAGAGAGUCCAGAAGGAGCUGGAUGCUGUGCUGGGUCCCUCCCAAUUAAUCUGCUACGAGGAUCGGAAGAAGCUGCCCUACACCAAUGCCGUGAUCCAUGAGAUCCAGCGCCACAGCAGCAUCAUUGCAGUGGGAAUUCCCAGAGAAUGUGUAAAAGACACAGUGCUGCAGGGCUUUCCCGUUGAGAAGGGCACCAUUAUUCUCCCAAACUUAACCUCUGCCUUGCUCGACCCAGAACAAUGGGAGACACCUCGACAGUUCAACCCAAAUCACUUCCUGGAUCAGGAUGGAAAUUUUGUGAACAAAGAAGCUUUCUUACCAUUCUCAGCAGGGCACCGUGUGUGUUUGGGGGAGCAGCUGGCAAGGACUGAGCUCUUCAUCUUCUUCGCCAACCUGCUGCGGGCGUUCUCCUUCAGGCUGCCGGAGGGAGUGAAGGAAAUCAACACCGAGUCCAUGCUGGGGGGUACAUUGCAGCCUCAUCCCUAUAAGAUCUGUGCUGUUCCUCGCUAGGCUGCAGCACCCCGCCAAGCGCGGGAGAAGCCAUUAGGCAGGCACGCGUGCCUUUGUGAAUUUCCGCCUUGUACCUCUUCCCCUCUUUCUACUCCCAGCUUUGUCAGCUCAGGCCAGUGGAGUCAGUUUCUCGAUCUGUUAGACCUUGGGAGAUUAAAGUGCAAGACAUUGCCACUUCAUUAUUGGUCUGUGCCCAGGCUUUCUCCUUAAUACAUUGCAGAGAGAGCAAAUGUAAAACAAGGAAUUACAGAGUCAGGCUUUAGUUGGGUGGACCAGGGAUGUGUUCGAUGUGUUGCACUGAAGCUGGAGUUGCGGCAGCAGCAGAGAGAGAGGAGGGGAAAGGAGGAACAUGGUACCUGUCUGUUACCAGGUUUAGCUUUAUUUAGCAAGUUCUUAUCCACAGCUCUAACCUCCGCCCCAGGCUGUGACGUCUGAUCUGCGGCCCUGUUUGUGUUAUGCAAUGAACACACACAACUGAGAGUCAUCUCCGAACUGGUAACGCUGCCACCGAAAACCUUUCCCUCUCGCCACUGUUCGUUAUGUACAUGGGUUCUAAUGAAAGGCAGAUUGUCGCUUAUUGGCACUGCAAGCAGUUUUC